AUGGCGGGAGCAAAUGGAAAUUUCCCCGCAUCUUUGCCAGUUCUUGAUGGCAAGAGCGAUUGGGAUUGGUGGCAUACCCAGAUGGAGGUGAUUUUUGGAUUUCAAGAUGUGCUUGAACUCGUCACUUCUGGGUAUGAAGCGCUGCCAGAGAACCCUACGACUGAGCAAACCACAGCUCAUCGUGAAGUGAAGAAGAAGGAUCUUCGAGCAUUGUUCAUCAUUCAUCAGUGUGUAAACCCAGCGAAUUUCAUGAAGAUUGCAACAGCGAAGACGUCAAAGGAAGCGUUGGAUAUACUGAACAAGAGCUAUGACGGCGUGGCUAAGCUCAAGAAGGUGAAGUUGCAGACUCUGCGAAGACAGUAUGAAGAUCUUCGCAUGGAGAAAUCAGAGUCGAUUUCCAAGUUUUUCACUCGUCUUCAAACUCUAGCAUAUCAGAUGAGGACGAAUGGUGAGGUGAUGACUGAUCAAAUCUUGGUGGAAAAGGUACUUCGAUCACUUUCAAAAUUUGAUCACAUUGUCACAACCAUAGAGGAGUCAAAGGAUCUUGAGAGUAUCAUGAUAGAUGAGCUGCAAGGGUCGCUUGAAGCGCAUGAGAUGAGGUUGAAUCUGAGAGAUUCUAAGAGAGAUGGUGAGCAAGCCAUGUAUGCUCGUGGUAAUUCCAGUAAGAGGAGCUGGAAUGACAAAGGGAAAUCUUCCAAAUCAAAGGCUUGGAAGGGUAAAGAGUCAGCGAAAUCUUCAAAUCAUGAAGAGGAGGGUGUCUCAAAGAAGAAGUGGGAUUCUGAGGAGAAGGGACAGGAUAAGGAGAAAGUGAAGAAAGGGAAGUUCAAGAAGCAAAAUGUGCAGUGCUUCUUCUGCAAGAAAUAUGGCCAUUACUCCUAUGAGUGCAAGAACAAGAAGAAAGGGAACAAGCAAGGUGCUGAGGACCAAGCAUAUUUUGCUCAGGAUGAUGAUUCUGAACCUGAACAUGUAUUAUUUUCUGUGCCUGAUGAUUGUGUUUCAGAUAGUAAUGUUGAAUCUCCUAGUAAUCCUAGAAUUCUUAGUGGUGAGGUGAGUAACUCAGUAGUGAAUUCACCUAGUAGUUCCCACAGUGUUGAUGAACACACUUGGUAUCUAGAUUCAGGAUGUUCCUCUCAUAUGAUAGGCCAUAAAUAUUGGUUUGUUGAUCUUGAUGAGAAGAGAACUCAUAGUGUUAGAUUUGCUGAUAAUAGCACUAUAGUAUCUGCUGGUGUUGGAAAGAUUCUUGUGAAAAAAGAGAAAUGGAAUGCAAGUAGUGAUUCCUGA